UAGAAACAUCAGGAACGCUGGGAACAUCGUCUCCGACCUGAUAAGGUGGCGGUGGUGGGAGGUUGACGAUUCGAGAGCCCGCCCACAACUUUUCGACGCAAUAUCUCAAGGAUCCGAAGUGUCAUAUGAUUCACACAUCCACUUAUAAAUACCCCACACAUUAAAGGAAACAACAUUAGCAAGGAGAUCUACAUGCGAGUCCAGGAGCAGCAGCUUCAAAUGACGACCCUCUUUCUUUUCUUGUUGCUUGCCUUGCCAUGGUUUGCUCACUCUUUCGCUGACAGGACGGGAGGUGCAACCAGCGAAGACCAACCCGGUGGUGGUGGUGGAGGUGCACAUGAUGGCAGCAGUGGCUCUGGCCAUGGCUCCGGCCCCGGUGGCAGCUGGGACUACGGUUGGGCGUGGGGGUCAAGCCCCAGGGGAGGGUGGGGCUAUGGCUCGGGCUAUAGCCAAACUCCAACCGGCAACGGGAAGGGCUUCGGAUUCGGGUAUGGAACUGGAUCGGGAUCGUCGUCGGGUUAUGGAUUCGGUGCCGGCAGCAGCGGCAGCGAACCGGAGAGAGGAAAUUAUGGGUAUGGGGGUGGGAACGGAGGAUCGGGUGGUGGCUUCGGUGCUGGUGGUGGUGGCGGCGGCUAUGGAGGAUCGCAUGGUGGCUUCGGUGCAGGUGGUGGUGGUGGCGGCUAUGGAGGAUCGGGUGGUGGCUUCGGUGCAGGUGGUGGUGGUGGCGGCUAUGGAGGAUCGGGUGGUGGCUUCGGUGAAGGUGGUGGUGGUGGCGGCUAUGGAGCAUCGGGUGGUGGCUUCGGUGAAGGUGGUGGUGGUGGUGGCGGCUAUGGAGGAUGGCAUGGUGGCUUCGGUGAAGGUGGUGGUGGCUAUGGAGGACGGGGUGAUGGCUUCGGUACAAGUGGUGGUGGCUAUGGAGGACCGCAUGGUGGCUUCGGUGCUGGUGGUGGUGGCUAUGGAGGACUGGGUGAUGGCUUCGGUGCAAGUGGUGGAAGAUAUGGAGGACCGGGUGGUGGCUUUGAUUCAGGUGGUGGUGGUGGAUGGAGCUUCCGUGGUGGACGGCCGCCGCAGUACUGGGAUUACAACUGCUGUUAAGGAAGUGUAGAAGUAUGUAUCCCAAUCAGAUGAUCUAAUUUAGAUUCACAUAUGCCUCCUCACAGAAAAUUAUAUGAGAACAACUUCAUACACCUUACCACCA